AACUGCGCAUGCGCUUCGAGAGGGUGUAUUGCUUCUGCUUCUCCCCCUGCUGGGGCGGGGUCUCGGAUGGGACGGGUAGGCCGGGGCCUGAGAAAGCAUGGCGGGCCGCGCCAGCGCGAUGCUGGCAGCCACGGUGAUGCUUUGGGUCUGGAGCGGCGGUGGGGCCGAGCUGGGACCAGGACUCGAGGAUGAGGCUGAAUGGGCAGAGCCCUGGGAUGGCACGGUUUUCCGGCCGCCAACAGCGCUGGGCUCGGUGGGAGUCGCGCGGAGCUUAGAGAAGCCAAAGUCAGACGACGACGAGGGCGAGCUGCCCGUCCUGCUGUGGUGGAGCCCCGGCUUGUUCCCCCACUUCCCCGGGGACUCAGAGCGCAUCGAGUGCGCGCGCGGCGCGUGCGUGGCCUCUAGGGACCGGCGGCGGUGGCGAGAGUCGCGCACGCGCGCUCUACUCUUCUACGGCACCGACUUUCGUGCGUCCGAGGCGCCGCUGCCCCGCUUGGCGCAUCAGAGCUGGGCGCUGCUGCACGAGGAGUCCCCGCUCAACAACUUCCUGCUUAGCCAUGCGCCUGGAAUCCGCCUCUUCAACCUCAGCGCCACCUUUAGCCGCCACUCCGAUUACCCGCUGCCUCUACAGUGGCUCCCAGGGCUCGCCUAUCUGCGCCGUGACGCGCCCACGUCCCAGGAGCGCGCGGCCUGGCGCCGCCGUGGCUACGCGCCACUCCUCUAUCUGCAGUCCCAUUGCGACGUGCCCUCGGACCGCGACCGCUACGUGCGCGAGCUCAUGCGCUACAUUCCGGUGGAUUCUUACGGCAAAUGCCUACAGAACCGUGAGCUCCCUCCCAGGCUGCGAGACACGGCCACGGCCACAUCGGAGGACCCCGAGCUCCUGGCCUUCGUGUCCCGCUACAAGUUCCACCUGGCUAUGGAGAACGCCAUCUGCGAGGACUAUAUGACAGAGAAGCUGUGGCGGCCCCUGCACCUGGGGGCUGUGCCCGUGUACCGCGGCUCGCCAUCCGUGCGCGACUGGAUGCCCAACGAGCGCGCCAUUAUCUUGGUGGACGACUUCGAGUCGCCGCAGCAACUGGCUGCCUUCAUCGACUUCCUGGACCGGAACGACGAGGAAUAUGCCAAGUAUCUAGCCUACAAGCAACCUGGGGGCAUCACUAACCGGCUCCUUCUGGACAGCCUGGAGCGCCGCGAGUGGGGGGUGAACGACCCUCGGCAGCCCAGCUACUUGCAGGGCUUCGAGUGCUUCGUUUGUGACCACGAGCUGGCCCGGCUAGCCGCCGACCGGGCCCACGAGGCCGCCCCUGCCCACGUCCCGCCCCCGCCCCCCCGGAUCGCACAACACUCCCACAUGGCCUGUCCGGAGCCCACCCCAGGCUUUGGAAGUUUGGAGGAGAUCCCCGAGAAUGACAGCUGGAAAGAGAUGUGGCUACAGGAUUACUGGCAAGGCCUAGACCAAGGUGAGGCACUCACUGCCAUGAUCCACAACAAUGAGACACACCCUGGGAAGUUUUGGGAUUACAUGCAUGACAUUUUCCUCCGAAGAAACCAGUAUCCCCAGCCACCUACAUGAAUACCCAUGGCCUUGGCACAACUGAAGUGAGGAAGGAAGCUGGAGAGGGUAGAUUUUCUUUCUACUUUGUGACUUACAGUGAAAGCUGCCAUUUCUUCUUGAGGUAUGGAGAUUCCCAGUAUAUCCCCCCACAUUCCUACUGUCAUGCUGCUUGGCAUGUGGUUUCAGAAAAGCCCCUUGACCCUCAAUGAAGAGGGAAAUUGAACUGUUUGUUAUGUCAGAUGACCCUGGUGAAGAUGCAGGUACCUCCUACAUUCUAAUAGGUUUGAUUUUAGAGCUGGUGACCAGAGUUAAAUAGCAUUUUUAAAAAGACUAAUUCUCCAGACAUUUCAUCUGGGGUCUGAUCUGGGCUAACAUAACUAAGCUAUGGGGUCCUAAAACAUAACCACUUCACCUACAUGCACAUUAAAACAAAAAUCAAGCAAAUGAGGGUCAGGUGAAAUGAUUAGCCCUCAGUUUUGUAGUUUACUAGUGACAGAGACUAAACUAGAUAGAUUCUUCUGGCCCUUAGUUCAGUCCUUCUACUCUAUCUCAGAAAAUACAAUGGGGAGAGUGUUCCUGAGCAUCUUUUUGUGAUGUUAAGAUAAACAAAGAGGCAGCCAGUGAACCAAAAUACAAUCUCUUUUGUGGUUUUCUACUUUACUCAGUGAAUUUUUUUGUUAUAUUUUCAUGUGCUACAAAGUAAUUUAUAGAAUCAUGGAAAAGUUGCUAAAGAUAACUACUUUUAUACAGAUCUUUGGAAUAUCUUAUUUUCUAAAGCACUUUCUCAAAUGGAUUGACUAACCCUCUCCUUAAUUUGCUGCUUUUGUGUAGAGUUUAUUGUCUUCUUCAAACCAUAUGGUGUUAUAACAUUAUAAUAUCCAUUGAUAAUGCAUUAUUCAGUCUAGCUAUUCAGGACAGAAUAAAAGCCAAGGCACUGAGCUAAUGAGGAUAGGAAGGCAAGAGAUGGUCACCACAAAUGGUUUGAUAAACAAAAAACUAUAGUCAGUCAACUUUGGGGAUAUAGCCAAAGCCACUUAAAUCACUAUGGUUUGUAAACACAGCUUGACUUCCUCUGAGAACGAAGACCAUAGGCCUUUUCUAGUGCAACAGAGCAAGAGUAUGUUGGAUCUUAAGACACUGAUACAAAGAUUUUGUAGUAUUCCAUUGGUGAACUGUCCUUGGAAGAAUUUCACAGCUUUCAUACCUCUUUCUUACAGCCAUCCACACACCAAUAUUAUUAGAUUAUUUUCUGAAGUUUGCCCCUCCUGCUAUUGAGAGCCUCCUAGUAUUGAGUGUAUCUGGCCAUUAUAAAAAGGAAUUUUCUUGCCGAGACUUUGGUUAAAAAAAACAAAAAAACACCAGCACUUUACAACAGAUUAAAAAGGCUGCCUAAGUUCCCUUUGGGUAUUCUAUUAUAAAGCUCAGUGAGGAAAGAAGAUUUAAAGGAAGUGAGAUGAAUAACAAUCAGCCAAAGCUUUCAAUAACUUACUAUUUAAAUAUGGUACUCUUCUGCAGCUACAAAAGAAAUUAAAAGCAGCACUUGCCCUCUGAAUUUACAACUUUCGAAACAUUAACAAUAUAGGACAAAACUAGUUUGAUGUUAUUUACAUUAUGUGCAAUAAGAAAAGAUAAAUGCUUUUAUUAGAAUGGUAGAGAAGGUGCUAGAUUCAUCUCUGCCAUCCUUUCUAAUUAUACAGGUAUGUUACAGUACUUUAUAUGCACCUAGCGAGUCAGUCAUUAGGGAAUUAUAGCAACCAUGAGGUGAGACCUGAUAGCUAGAGCUGCUUAGUCUAUUCUUUUUUACUGACUUGCUAAUAAUAUGAGAAAGCAAGCAUAGCACCAGCCGCUCGUAUGGUAAAGCAGAUAAUACUGGACACUGGUGAAAAUGGAGUGGGGCCACAUAGGAGCUAAGGAACUCAAGUGAGGGUUUUCCUUUCUCUAUGGAGAACCAGACCAGUGUGAACUUCAUUCUAUCUUUGAGACUUGAGAUAUGCUGCUCUUGAUUUUUCUUCUUGAAUUACUAGUUGCCUAUAGCAGCAAUGCAGGAUAAACCUGGUUAAUCUCAGAUUGAUUCCCUGAAGAGUUAGUUCACUUUAUGUAGGUGUUUAUUUUGGAAUCACAGUGUUGUUUAAGAUUGUUUUGCAGUGAGUUACUGCCUUCAUCAUCAUGAGUUGUUAAUAU